GAGCUCGGCCUCUUACUCUGACAGUCAUGUUCUCCUUCCCCCCUCUCGCUCUGCCUCCUUUACUUUUCCGUCUCCAGCUUCGGUUACGCUUGGAUCCUUUGCAAGAUCUGCAUCUGCUUGCUCGCUUCCGCUGGAAAUAUUCUCCGGCCACCACCACCGGCGCAAGGCAACAAGAAUAUACCGCCCCUCGGGCACCAACCCACACGUCGGGGCCUCGUCUCGUCUCCUGUUGCCCUGGGCCUCUGCAUCCCCUCCCCUGCUUUAAAGCUGCAAGCCUUGGCGGGUUCCUGGUCAUAUUGAAUCGAUGAACCACUCUGCACUGCAGUCUGCUCAUCGCUUCUCUGAUGUCUGAUCCGAUCGAUGCCACCACCAUAGCGGUCAAUUAGACCACCAGCCAUAGCUUUUCUUUCAGUGCCUUGUGUCUCAGUCUCCCUUUGCUUCUUUUUCUUUUCUGCUCUAGCAUGCAGCGCCUUUCAUGCUCUUGUCACAUACUUGCAGUAGUCUGCUUGCUUUUUUUUUCCCCCCUUUGAGCUGAGUGAGUGAGACCGAGAGGCACAGGCACUAGCCCUUGCCGUAUAAAACGUGUCGUGCGUAGGCGACUAGAGGCUGUCCCGGUGGUACGCGCGCGCACACUAUAUUGGGGCUGCAUCAGGCAUCCAACCGGCCGGCGAGAUGAGGAGGAAAGGGAGCGAGUGUACAAGGAUCAGCCCAGCUGAGAUCGGCGCCGGCACGCCCAUGCUCUCCCUGGCGUCCAGCAGAUCCGCCCGGAGGGUGCCGUCGUCGGACCGGGACCGGCCUCGGCAAGUGCGGGGCGCAUGCGGCUCUCGCCUGCUGCGGAAGGCGCGGUGGACGGCCGCCCGCUUCUACAGGCGAGCGAGGGUGAGCAUCGUCAGGGCGUUUCGGUCCUCGUCGUCGACGACGACCAAGAAAGCAGCGGCUGCUGCCACUGCUGCUUCACCGGAUUGCACGCCGGCGAGGCAUAGCAGUAGGCGGCAGCAGCAGUCCGCGCCACCGGUGGCCGUCGUCGAUGACUCGCACAAGAGCGAAGCGGUGGAGGAGUGCAUCAGGUUCAUGAACUCGUCGUCGAGGAAGUACCGGUAGAGUUCUCCGGGGGUUCUGUGUGCGCGGAUGCUGUGGCGUCUUUCUUGUAUUUGUUCCUUCUUCUUUUUUUCUUUUCUUUUGCCUUUCAUCUAUGUGCGCAUCUGAUCAAACCUUGUACUUGAGAAACAUACUGGUUACUGCUUUGAUCUUUGUGUACCCUGAAAUCUCUCAUUACCGUCGGCUAUCAAAGUCUGUCUGUCAGUGAGUCUGUUUAUAUAUAUUUUUUCAUUUGAGUGGAACAACAUUUUUCACCUUAUUAAGUAAGCAAUUCUGUGUAACUAGCAGAUAUUUAUUUCUACCACAA